AUGCCCGUCCCCACCUCCCGACCCCGCACUCUCUACGACAAAGUGUUUGAGGACCAUGUCGUCCAUUCUGGCGAGGGAGAUACCCUUAUCUACAUCGACCGGCACCUUGUCCACGAAGUUACCAGGUUGGCAUUUGAGGGACUUCGUAAUGCCGGCCGCAAGGUCAGACGGCCAGAUUGCACCCUUGUGACAGUCGACCACAACAUCCCCACUACGACUCGCAAGAGCUUCAAGAACGUCUCGAGCUUUAUCACCGAGACCGACUCUCGCGCGCAAGUCGAGGCGCUUGAGGACAAUGUGAAGGAGUUCGGCCUGACCUACUUUGGAAUGAGCGACAAGCGCCAGGGUAUCGUCCACAUCAUCGGCCCUGAGCAGGGCUUCACCCUCCCGGGUACCACUGUCGUCUGUGGUGACUCUCACACCUCCACUCACGGUGCCUUCGGAGCUCUCGCUUUCGGUAUCGGUACCUCGGAGGUCGAGCACGUUCUCGCUACCCAGACCCUCCCCCAGGCCAAGUCGAAAAACAUGCGGAUCUCGGUUGAAGGCGAGCUGUCCGAGGGCGUCAUGUCCAAGGAUAUCGUCCUCCACAUCAUCGGUGUCAUCGGUACCGCCGGCGGAACCGGCGCCGUCAUCGAGUUUGCAGGCUCGGCCAUCCGCUCCCUCUCCAUGGAAGCGCGCAUGUCCAUCUGCAACAUGUCGAUCGAGGGAGGUGCCCGUGCCGGCAUGAUCGCCCCGGACGAGAUUACCUUCGAGUACCUCAAGGGUCGUCCGCUCAGCCCUCGCGAGGGUGAGGAGUGGGAGCAGGCCGUCGCAUACUGGCGGACGCUCAAGACGGACGCGGGAGCCAAGUACGACAUCGAGGUCGAGAUCAAGGCCGAGGACAUCAUCCCCACCGUCACCUGGGGUACCUCUCCCCAGGACACCGUCCCUAUCACCGGUGUCGUCCCCAACCCUGCCGACUUCAAGGAGUCUGUCCGCCCCAAUGUCGUCCGUUCGCUCGAGUAUAUGGGUCUCGAAUCAGGCGUCCCGAUGGAGGAGGUCAAGAUCGACAAGGCGUUCUUCGGGUCCUGCACCAACGGCCGUAUCGAGGACAUGCGGUCCGCCGCUCGGGUCAUCCUCGCUGCGGAGAAGUCGGGCGGGCCGGCCAAGGUCGCCGAGUGGGUUGAGGCGAUGGUCGUUCCCGGAUCCGGGCUGGUCAAGCAGCAGGCGGAGGCGGAGGGGCUUGACGUCAUCUUCAAGCGAGCCGGGUUCGACUGGCGAGAGGCCGGGUGCUCCAUGUGCCUCGGCAUGAACCCGGACCAGCUCAAGCCCCAGGAGCGGUGCGCGUCCACCUCGAACCGGAACUUUGAGGGGAGGCAGGGAGCCGGCGGCCGGACCCACCUCAUGUCGCCAGCCAUGGUCGCUGCGGCCGCCCUUACCGGAUACCUUACGGAUGUCCGCAAGAUGAUGGGCAGCGGCAGCGACAAGGACGCUGGGCUCAAGAUCACCUCCUACCACGACUACCUCCAGCCCAUGGACCUCCCCCACCCCCCUAUCGAGCCCAUCGGCGACAAGCCCAGCGAGCAGACCUCCCUACAGCAGGCGGCUGCUGCUUCGGCUGGUCUCCCUCCCUUCACCGUCGUCCAAGGAAGCGCAUGCCCAUGGAGUCGUGCAAAUACAGAUACGGAUUUGAUCAUCCCCAAGCAGUUCCUCAAGACCCUACUGCGAACCGGUCUCGGUGCGGCGCUCUUCUGGCCCGUCCGGUAUGACAUAAAGACCGGCGAGCCAGUUUCGGACUUUGUGCUUAACAAGGAACCGUACACCCGCUCUCAGAUUCUCGUCAGCACCGGCGAGAACUUUGGCUGCGGUUCCUCCAGAGAACACGCUCCUUGGGCACUGAUGGACUUUGGUAUUCGAGCAUUGAUCGGGAUUAGCUACGGCGAGAUCUUCAAGAACAACUGCUUUAAGAACGGCAUGCUCUGCAUUGAGCUUCCCGCAGCUGAAGUUGCCCUCCUCCACAAAGACGCUGAGGCCGGUCUCGAGCUCGCCGUCGAUCUUCCCAAUCAACAAAUCCUCCGUCCCAACGGUGAAGCACCCAUCCCCUUCGACGUCGACCCCUUCCGGAAGCACUGCCUCAUCAACGGUCUCGACGACAUUGGACUCACGUUCCAGCACAAGGAGGCGAUUGAGCGGUUCGAUGAGCGCAGGACGCAGAUCUGGCCCUGGCUCGACGGGGUGGGAUACGCCAAGAAGGGGCAGAAGGUGGUGCCGCUCAAGACAGGCGGGAAGAAGAUGGAGUGGUAG